GCCUGGUGUCAACAGGAGCUACUUGCAGUUUGGCACUGCUGGAGGGUUGAAUGAAAUUUACAAUGGAAGACGAACAAAACCUGAUGGGUGAUAUGCUAAUGAUGGAAAUAGCAAAUUUAGAAGCCACAAAACAGAACCUCGACCGUCUGAACUCAGACCUUGAAAAGGAUCUACAGACACUGGAUGAGGCAAAUGAGGCUCUUCUUAGAAAAAUUCAAGAGAAAGAAAAAACUAUUCAAAGCCUGGAAAAGGAUCUUGCCAAAUCGGCUGAAAAGGAUGAGGAGAAGGAGGAGUUGAACCAGAUCAUAUCUGAGAAGGAAGAAGUCCUGAAGGACUUGGAAGUGGAGACAGCAAAGCUGGAAAAAAGGAAUAUUAAUCUAAAGAAGAAUGUGGGGGAGCUUGAGGAGAAGAUUUCAAGAGGGUUUAAGAAUGUUGGCCCUACUAAAGAAAUGCUGAAGCAGACUUUGGAAGAACUUAAGGUGAAACUACAACAGUCAACAGAGGCCUGUGCAAAGCAAGAAGAGGAAAUGGCCAAGGUGAAGAAUGACUAUGAAUUUAUUCGAGAGCGUUGUGAAGACCAGGUCCAUUGCAUAAAGUUGUACCAGGAAGCUCUGAGGAGACUGGAAAAGGAAAAGGAAGUGCUGAUGCUUAACAAAGAACUAGCCAAAGCCCAGAAGAAUUCUUCCCAAGUGGUGAAGCCUGGGUCAGUUCUGGUGGAGACCAUUCAAAGAAAUAUGGAGAAGAAUAUAAUUAAGAAACAGAAGAGGUUCUCAGUUUUUGGAUUUUUCCGGUGGAUCUUCUUUAUGAUCGUGAUCUUCAUUGAGCUGCUGAGUUACCUGUUUUUCUACUUGCAAUACGUAAACCCUGACCUUAUUGUGGAUACCCUGCCCCUGCUGAUGAGCAGGAGUGACCUGGGCAGGCUGAGAAACUUCUUAUCUCCCCUCCUCACUCUUGAGUCAGACGGCCUCCUCCCUCACUAGUCUGAAUGUGGCCAAAGCCUUCGCAUGGGGGCAUGGGCCUGGAAAGAAGCAGCAGCCUAUGAUGCAAGAGCUGCUACUUCACAUCUGAUCUUUU